AUGGCCGAGCCGGACGUGGAUGCGAUGUUGGAAGAGGCGCUCGACAAAAUCGAAGAUGUAAAAAGUUUUGCUGUGCAGGGGUGGGGAGUGGCCGGUGGUCAGUGCUGGGCCGUAGCGAACGAGCAGUGCCGGCGAGGCGUUUACCACUGGUGCCGAGUGAUCGCA